CCUCUGUUUCCACCUUCUUCGAAAUGUCAAGUUCCGGUACUGCCGAUUCAGCGACCAUAGCAACAAUUUCCGUUGUUGCGAGCUUGGUUGUAAUAAUUAUAAAGAUCAUCGUGGUAGUGGUAGUGUGCCAGAAAAGAGCUGAAAUAAAAGGCAAGAGUACAGUUGGACCAGACCCCAGAUUUCUUCCACCUACAAUGGUCAAAUUCCUUGACAAUAUGGACAGAGAAAAGCUCAUCAGAUUUACUUCUCAGCAGCUGAGUAUUGCAACUGAUAAGUUCAGCAACCUGUUAGGUUCUGGUGGAUUCGGAUCAGUCUAUAAAGGGAUUUUCAGCAAUGGAACCACGGUGGCAGUGAAGGUUCUAAUUGGUACCUCGGACAAGAGAAUCGAAGAACAGUUCAUGGCAGAAGUCAGCACCAUAGGAAGAACACAUCAUUUCAAUCUGGUUCGGCUAUAUGGAUUCUGUUUUGAACAUUGUCUGAGGGCUUUGGUUUACGAGUAUAUGGGUAAUGGGUCACUUGACAAGUACUUAUUCCGCGAAAAAACCAUCUUAGCAUUCGACAAACUCCAUGAAAUUGCAGUCGGGACAGCCCGAGGGAUAGCUUACUUGCAUGAAGAGUGCCAGCAAAGAAUAGUCCACUAUGAUAUAAAACCAGGAAACAUCCUUCUGGAUGCAGAAUUCAAUCCUAAAGUAGCUGAUUUCGGUUUAGCAAAGCUUUCUAACCGCGACAACACACAUAUCACAAUGACCGGAGGGAGGGGGACGCCAGGCUAUGCUGCCCCGGAGCUGUGGAUGCCAUUACCAAUCACACACAAGUGUGAUGUUUACAGUUUUGGGAUGCUUCUGUUUGAAAUUGUUGGGAGGAGAAGGAACAUUGACGUUAAUCUUACCGACAGCCAAGAGUGGUUUCCGACAUGGGUGUGGAAUAAGAUUGAAAAGGGAGAAUUGGGGGGGAUGAUAACAAUGUGUGGGAUUGAGGAGAGAGAUAGGGAAGUGGCAGAAAGGAUGGUGAAGGUGGCUUUUUGUUGUGUUCAAUAUAGGCCUGAAACAAGGCCUGUGAUGAGCAUUGUAGUGAAAAUGUUAGAAGGAGCUUUGGAGGUUCCAACACCAGUAAAUCCAUUUCAAUACUUAUCUGUAGGGGCUAGUCCAGGUCAGUUUGGAGGCAUGACCUGGGAUGCCAGUGAAUUUUCAAGUUCAUCUCAAACGGUAACAGGAUCUGCCUUUGUAAUUGGAACACCUACAAUGAGGCGAUAUGAAAUCGAAAUAGCCUCUACUUAGGAAUGCUCUUUGAAUUACUCUAUGUGUGUGGACUCACAUUGUAAAACACUGUCUUUAUGUGCAGCUUGAUGUUGGUUAUCAGAUGAAUAAGAU